AUGAGCGGCGGACGGGUAUCUGAGGGCGCCGGCUGCGUCACGUGGUGGGGCUACAGUCCUGCGCGCGACCUGCUGAGUUUGGGCCCUGUGAGACAUGAAGAGGACAUCAAUGUCUUACUGGUUGGCAGUGGAGACCCGCGACAUAUUUUGAAGACCAUUUCUGUUUUGCAGAACCAGCAACGCCUCCACGUGUGGCUGAUAGAAAGCAGCAUGGAGCUGGUGGCUCGACAGCUGCUGCUCCUCUACCUGGCACUGAUGCCCAAGGAAAGCAUGGGAAAUAACGAGAAGACCGAGGUUUUCUUGGAGGUGUUUGGGAACGGUGAGAUCCGCAGUCAGACAGAAGAGACCCUGAGACGUGCGGCGUCACAGCUCACUGUGUCUGUUACUGACACACUGGAGGAAGCCACGCACCCCGCUCUGAAUACAACUCUUCUCAAGUUCAAGGAGCGAGAUGAGCUGGCCAGGAUAUUCAAGUCGUGGAUCCAUCCUCGGCCUUCAUCGUCCUCGUCUGGGUUAAUGUCCAAAGCCUGGGAUUAUCGGGUCAGGCAGCACCUCGGAACACGCUACGACUCCAAGAAGAGCAUCUUCGACUGGGACCUCAGAAUGAAACUGCACGAGAAAGGGUGCGGCGUCAUCAACAAACAACAAUACACACAAUGGAGGGAACGCGGUUUGGCCUUCGAAAUGAGGGAAGGCGUCUACCAAAUGACCAAUCCAAGUCUGCUCUCUUCCAGAGUGUUCUCUCGGAGAGGGGAGAAAGUGUUUUACACGGGCUACUGGGGGGAUAUCGUUUCCAGUCCUUAUCUCUCCUUUGGCAUCGAAACCGACGACAAGAGCCUGCUGAAGACCCAGAAUGGCCUUCACGUCAAGACAGCCCAGGACAUCUCUGUUGCAAACGUGCAGGAGUUGUUCCGCUCCCUGUCCAGUAGGGGGCGCUGUCCCACCGCCUCUCAGGCAGAGGCGGGGGAGCCGUCCCCCGAGGUGGACCGGAACUCUGUCACCAUUAACGACUUGAUGCCUCUGACUGGGAUCUCUGUGACGUUCCUGCCGUCCGACUCACUUCACAAACUGCCAGAGAAACUCAAAUAUUCUCACUUCUUUAACACCGUCUACUUCUCUGCCAGCUGCGUGCACCAGUUGAACCCGACGAUGAGACGGAUUGCAGCGCCGGACGCCGUGCUCGUCGUGGAGUUGGCCAGGUACAUUUUGGAUCUCACCAAAGAGCAAGAAGCCGGCUUUGCAGAGAGAGUGGCGAGCAUGGCUCUGGAGGCCGACUUCGAGCCGUGGCGUGAUGGGAGGAGCGAUGACGUCCAUGCUGUCUUCAUGCCCCAGAGGAAGUGAAGGCGGUUCAUUCAUUCUGCAGCUUGACCGUCACGACGCAACCAGGUGUCAGCGCCUCACCUCACUUUGUCAUUUAUUCAAUAACCUAUGCAGAGUUUAUUUUUCCCUCAUGAGGAAGUUCACCAAUAAGUAGCUCCAUCAAUGUGUCUUCAUGCGGUAGCUGUAAUCACUUUUCCUCGUUUGGAUUCUUUAAGAAUCAUAAUUUAAUUAAAUUACUGACUGAAAAUAUCCAUUUCAUGUAUACGUGCAUUUUAAUGAAUACAGAUGCAAUUGCAA